GGCUCUCCCUUCCUUCAGAAAUAGUAUAUAGAAAAGAUUGAAACUACUUGCUAACACAACCUAGCUCUCAGAGUCUUGUCCUCCAAUGGCGACAACUAGGACAUAUCCAUUGCUUCUCUCUCUAACCCUCUCUCUCUUCAUUCUUACCUCUGCUUCAUCUGAAGCAGACAUCCUUCUCACCUUCAAGGCCUCCAUUGAAGACCCUAUGAACUAUCUCUCAAGCUGGUCUAACACCACAUCCACCCAUCACUGUAACUGGACUGGAGUCACUUGCACUACUGCACUUCCUCUCUCUGUAUCUUCUCUCAAUCUUCAAAACCUCAACCUCUCUGGUGAAAUCUCACCUUCCAUUUGUCAACUUCCUACCCUCACCCAUCUCAACCUUGCUGACAAUCUCUUCAACCAACCCAUUCCUCUCCAUCUCUCACAAUGUAGUUCUCUGGAGACUUUGAAUCUCAGUAACAAUCUCAUUUGGGGCACAAUUCCAGAUCAGAUUUCCAAGUUUCGGUCAUUGAGAGUCCUUGAUUUGAGCAGGAAUCAUGUUGAAGGAACGAUCCCAGAAGGCAUUGGCUCAUUGAUUAACCUUCAAGUUCUCAACUUGGGAAGCAACUUGCUUUCAGGUAGUGUCCCUUUGAUUUUUGGCAACUUCACUGAGCUUUUAGUGCUUGAUUUGUCUCAAAAUUCAUUCCUGGUGAGUGAGAUUCCAAGUGAUAUUGGUAAGCUUGAUAAGCUUGAGCAGCUUUUGUUACAAAGCUCUGGUUUUUAUGGUUCAAUUCCUGACACUUUUGUGGGUUUGGUUGGUUUGGCCACUUUAGACCUUUCUCAAAACAAUCUAACUGGUUGGAUGCCCCAGACACUUGGGCUGUCCCUCACAAAUUUGGUGUCUUUUGAUGUUUCACAGAACAAGCUUUCGGGGUCAUUUCCAAAUGGUAUUUGUAAUGCUAAAGGCCUUAUAAGCCUCAGCCUCCAUACAAAUUUCUUCAACAGUUCAGUGCCCAAGAAAUCUAUCAACCAAUGCUUGAAUCUUGAGAGGUUUCAGGUUCAGAACAAUGUGUUCUCAGGAGAUUUCCCAAAUGGGUUAUGGUCAUUACCCAAAAUCAAGCUCAUCAGAGCCGAAAACAACAGAUUUUCCGGAGAAAUUCCUGAUUCCAUGUCAAUGGCUGCUCAUUUGGAGCAAGUCCAGAUAGAUAACAAUAUCUUUACUGGUAAAAUUCCUCUGGGUUUUGGGAAUGUUAAGAGUUUGUAUAGAUUCUCUGCGUCUCUCAAUGGUUUCUAUGGCGAACUUCCUCAUAAUUUCUGCGAUUCGCCCAUUAUGAGUAUCGUUAAUCUCUCCCAUAAUUCGCUUUCUGGUCGAAUUCCAGAGCUGAAGAAAUGCAAGAAACUAGUCUCAUUGUCUUUGGCGGAUAACAGUUUUACUGGUGAAAUCCCAGUUUCACUUGCUGAAUUGCCUGUUCUAACUUAUCUUGAUCUGUCCAAAAAUAACCUCACUGGCUCAAUCCCACUCGAGCUUCAAGACUUGAAGCUUGCUCUCUUUAAUGUAUCCUUCAACCAGCUUUCUGGCAGAGUUCCAUUCUCUCUCAUCUCAGGCCUCCCGGCUUCAUUUUUGCAAGGAAAUCCAGGCUUGUGUGGCCCGGGAUUGCCCAAUUCUUGUUCUGAUGACAAUUCCCAGCACAAAAUGGUCGGUCUGUCAAAAUUGACUUGUGCCCUGAUCUCUAUAGCUUUAGCAGUUGGAAUUCUGACUAUUGCUUUUGGCUUUUACGUGCUGCGUCGCUCUUCCAAGCUGAAAUCCCAGAUGGGUAUUUGGCAUUCGGUUUUCUUCUAUCCUCUCAGAAUCACUGAACAUGAUUUGAUUACGGCAAUGGAUGAGAAAAGUGCUGUAGGAAGUGGUGGAUCAGUUUUUGGUAGAGUUUACAUUGUAAGCUUACCGAGUGGGGAACUUGUUGCUGUGAAGAAGGUGCCCAAUUUUGGGAACCAAUCUUCGAAAUCUUUGAAGGCUGAGAUCAAGACACUGGCCAAGAUAAGGCACAAGAACAUCACUAAAAUUCUGGGCUUUUGCCAUUCUGAUGAUUCAAUCUUUCUGAUAUACGAAUUUCUACCAAAGGGGAGCUUAGGAGAUUUAAUUUGCAGACCAGAUUUUAAGUUGCCUUGGAGUGUUAGAUUGAGGAUUGCCAUUGGAGUUGCUCAAGGAUUAGCAUAUCUUCACAAGGAUUAUGUUCCACAUAUGAUUCACAGAAACGUGAAAUCAAAUAAUAUUCUUCUGGAUGCCGAUUUUGGACCAAAACUCACGGACUUUGCUUUUGAUCGGAUUGUGGGAGAAACUGCAUUUCAGUCAUCCUUGGCAUCAGAAUCUGCAGUUUCCUGUUACGUGGCACCAGAAUAUGGAUACAGUAAAAAAGCUACUGAACAAAUGGAUGCAUACAGCUUUGGUGUGGUCUUACUAGAGCUUGUGACAGGCCGGCAAGCUGAACAAAUGGAAUCAGAGGAUUCUCUUGAUGUCGUGAAGUGGGUUCGUAGGAAAAUCAACAUAUCGAAUGGAGCAUUGCAAGUUCUUGAUUCAAAGAUAUCGAACUCUUCUCAACAAGAGAUGUUGGCAACUCUUGAAAUUGCUCUCCGUUGCACUUCUGUAAUGCCAGAGAGACGGCCAUCAAUGCCUGAAGUUGUGAGGGCACUUCAGUCCCUCGAAUUGAAAACCAGCCUUACAAAUGUAGAGUUCUCUACAUCUGAUGAGUUUUCAGUUCCCAUCUGAACUUUGCACAUGAUUAUCCAUUUCACUUUCUGUAAAUUUAACUUUAUUUCACAAGGGUUUUUUUUGGGGUAUCCAUUUUUUUUUUCUGAAGGAAAUGGUGUUUGGCUAGGUAAAAGAAUAUAUGCUUGGAAAUACUUUUCUUGUCUGUCCGCUGGAAUGAGAUUUUGAGAAUUUGAUUAAUAUAGUACAAAGUUUUUACCAUUUCAACA